CACCACCUCCCCUGCUGCCAUCGCUCCGCCCAGACCAGACCUCCCCACCCCACAAUCCACGGCGGCGCCGGCGAACGUCGAAGUGAAGCGGAGAUGCAGCAGGGUGACGGCACGGAGGCGCAGGUGACGUGGGAGGACCAGCAGAACAUCAACCGCUUCGGCCGCCUCAACAACCGCCUGCACGAGCUCGACGACGAGAUCAAGCUCGCCAAGGAAACAAAUGAAAAUCUUGAUGAUGCAGGGAAUGAACUCAUCCUGUCUGAUGAAGAUGUGGUGCGGUUCCAAAUUGGAGAAGUAUUUGCGCACAUGCCAAGGGAUGAUGUGGAGACUAGGCUGGAGCAGAUGAAAGAGGAUGCAGCAAAGAAGUUGGAGAGGCUGGAGGAGGAAAAGAAGUCCAUCGUCUCCCAGAUGGCUGAACUGAAGAAGAUACUGUAUGGGAAGUUCAAGGAUGCCAUCAACUUGGAGGAAGAUUAGCUUUGAGUUCUGGAGCUUCCAUGAAUCUCGAUGUAUGAUGAUACUCUCUCUAGUUGAGGUGCUGCGUUGUACGCCAGACAAAACAGUUUGUUGUGAUAUUAGAAAGAACCUUCCCCAUAAUGCGUCAUUGGAAUAUUACUUAUGCUUGAUUUAGAUUAGCGUGGUUUUGCCAAGCAGAAAUAUGAAUGAGUUGCAUUCUUUCA